AUGAUCAUGGAGGAAACGCAAACCGAUGAUGUACCUCUGAUGCCGAUGGACGUUGAAGUGAUCCAGGAAGACAUUGACAAUCUGCAAGAAAAUGAACAGAUCUUGGAGGAUACUGCACUUCUAGAAGGGGAACUGGCCCUAGUCCAGAGAAGACUUCACGAACUUUCGAGAGAGCAAACCUGCCGUCCACGCAGUUAUGAAGUCGGAGUGGACCGUGAUGAAAAAAUAUGCCAUGUCUUCAUUAUUCUGAUUCGUGCAGGGAAGUACCAACUCGUAGCAGCGCGACAAGAAUCUCUUGACAGAAAAAAGCAGUGCACGAUGUGCUUGGAAGAGGACUGCGAGAAGGAUUCUACUUGCCGAAAAUAUGGACAA